UAUGGCAUUAAUUAAAGCCUCACCAGGAGCUCAAGUCUCUCUCGAUUACCUUUGUGGUGAAAUGACUUUCCAGACAAAUAAUUGUCUAUACUUGAUUUGACUGCUACUUUUUUAAUACCGAUACAAUACGCUAUAAGCACUUAGUACAAAUAUUUUGGACGGAUAGUUUCUGACACCUAGUGGUUAGCACUGCAAAUGACCAUGUAAAAUAGAAACUAGAUUAGCCUUAAAUGCCACUUUGCUUCUGUUAUUUAAAAUAAUGUCAACAAAAGGUUGUCUAUGAAGUUAUUGAGAAGAAACAAGUCUGCUUAUAAAUAAAACCACAAGGUAACGUACUCCAACGCAUAGAUACUAUAUCUAAAAUAUGAAAUUAAAGGCCAAGACCGUUGGCUAGUCAGGGGCAGGGCACUUAUCGAGACAAUCAUUCACUCUCACAUUAACAACCUCACAGAGUGGGAACUGAACCCACGUUGCCUGCGCAAGUCAAGAAAAUGCACCACUAGGCCAUCAGUGACCAAUAAUGAAACAUGAGUGCCAAUCAAAACAUUUAUGAAAAGCCUAAAAUUUUUAUGCAGCUCCUUUAUUGGAUACGAUUCUACUGUGCACAUAUUAUCCCUAUAAAUCAGUGAAGCGCGUCAAAGGACAGAGUAGAUAAGGAUUCCAGUAAAAGCUUCUUUGCAAAAAUCUCAGCAUGAGCAAGCCAAUUCAUCUAAACCCACCUUUUAAACGACUCACUUUACAGAUGAAUCUUUUUACUCAUAAAGCAUGAAAACUUUCCCUCUGGGUACAAAAUGCCAUGGCCAAGCGUGGAGCACAGCCACCCACACCGACACCAUUAGUAUGUCUUGGCUGUGAUUGUGCAUGCUUAUGCAUUAACAGCCCCAACGCUUUGACACACUCCUUCUCAGAAUCUGUUCGACUUGAAGGGGAGGCGCGCUGGAGUGGCUGACACGGGGAUUAAGGAGAGCGAGAGACUCUAAAUGCAGCGUUACAAGGACCGUGAUACCUAUGCACCUCCUUAAAAAUGGAUUUUACCUCGCUUUUUUUGCUUCCCUGUUGCGUCUCCCGGAAUAGAAAGAAGUGCCGGCAGAGCACAAGCUCAGCGCAGACUUGUGAGCUGAGGGGGAAUUUGUAAGAGUCUCUUGUUUUGCUCUCUCAUAUUCUUGAAUGACGCUUAACUUUUGGAUUCUCCUGGCCAUUGAGUGGCUCAUUCAUGCUCUUCGCUGGGGACGGAUGGAUUGAUGAUAAAUGAGACAGUUUGGAAUUUUGUGAAAACAACUCUAGGACAUGAGGACACAUCUCCACAGGCAGAUGUUUCACUUCUGGAUCUUCAUCUAGUUAACCCGCUUUGUGAGUGGUUUGUUUCCAAAGAGACAGCAGCAUCCGGAGCUACUUUUCAUUUACUCAGCAACCGGCACCAUGCCCGGCUCUGGACCUUUUAGGAGCUACAACGGCAGCUUUCCGAGCAACGGCGCUUGGAACAUUAGUGGCGGCGGUCCCUGGUUUCUCGCCUUCCUGCUGAGUGUCAUCAUCCUCGUCACCGUGUGCGGCAACGUGUUGCUGAUCGUCUUGGUUUUUGCUCACCGCUCUCUCCGGUGCACCUCUAACUGCUUCUUAGUGUCCCUUUUUCUGUCUGACCUGAUGGUGGCGCUGGUGGUCAUGCCCCCCGCCAUGCUCAAUGUGCUGUGCGGGGCCUGGGUGCUCUGGCCGGCUUUCUGCCCUGUGUGGCUCUGCUUUGACGUCAUGUGCUGCAGCGCCUCCAUUCUCAACCUGUGCGUGAUCAGUUUGGACCGCUACCUCUUCAUCAUCUCGCCACUGCGCUACAAGCAGAGGAUGACCCUGCCUCGGGCGCUGCUGCUGGUCGGAGCGGCUUGGGGGUUGGCAGCGCUUGCCUCCUUUCUGCCCAUUGAGAUGAAGUGGCACAGUAUAGGUCAUCUGAGCGGGCAGCCUUUGGGUCCAGGAGGCCAAAGCACCAACAUCAGCUCCUACUCGGACUUGCUGUACCCGGCGUCCUACUUCCAGUUCCACGGCCUUUAUUUUCAGUGCCGCCUGCAGGUCACCUUGCCCUUCGCUCUGGUGGCGUCCUUUCUCACCUUCUUUUUGCCCUCUAGUGCCAUCUGCUUCACCUACUGUCGAAUUCUUCUGGCGGCUCGUAGGCAAGCCAAGAGGGUCGCGGCCCUGAGCCACCCGCCGCACCCUCAUCCCUCUCUUGGCGAACCAUCUCAGCCUCCUUCACUCGGUGAUGGAGCCCACCAAGAUGGAGAUGACUGCAGUCAUCAGGAAGCCCCGGUACCACAGAAUGCGCCGCCAUCAGUGAACAGUGAGCGCCAUCUGGCUCACAGGCAAGGUCGGAGGGCACUGAAGGCCAGCCUGACGCUUGGUGUUCUUCUGGGACUCUUCUUCUGCACUUGGCUACCCUUUUUUAUCAUCAACAUGGCUCAGGCAGUGUGUGAGUGUGUCCCUCUGGCGCUCUUUGACGCCAUCACGUGGCUGGGCUACUGCAACAGCACCAUGAAUCCCAUCAUCUACCCGCUCUUCAUGAGGGACUUCAAGCGUGCACUUGGGAAGCUCUUGCCAUGUUCCUCCUCGCGGUUGCCGAGACAACCCUCACCAGCGGUUUCCCUAUCCCUCCGCAACUCGGGAGAACCCAACAUUUGCAGCCAGCCCCCGUCCCCUCUGGCCUCGGAUGCCAGCCCUCCGCCUGCCACCGCUACAGACGCUGUGAAUUUGCUGGAAGCCGAGCAUGCUGGAAGUGAGCUGCAUAUCCUUCUUCCCAAUCAGGUAGUCACAUUGAAUUGAAUGACUGAAAGGGUGACCACUAAGACAUUUUGCUAGUCCAAUUGUGACCUCUAAUGACCUUUACCAGUAUAAUAUUUCCCUGCUACUGUGUAUGUUUCUUUCCAAGCGAUUGUUUUUAGCAUAGGCUCAAUGUAAUACCCUCACAUGUAGAAAAGAACAAAGAUAGUCGCUAACAGUUUUAUUUGUAAGCUGUUUAUUUAAUCGCUGGGGGAAGAGUAACACAAAUACACUCAGAGCACGUGAAAAUGGAAAAUACUUUGAUGGCCACAGUUCUGAUCUAGACACACGCAGACUUGUUGACAUCAUAACACACCAACCCACCAGUUUUUCUGGACUCCCCCCCCCCCCCCCCCACACACACAAUAAACAGCGUUUCACUGUAAACUGCAAAUACAUUGGAUAAAGGUGACAGUAACACCAUAAAUUCUAAUAUAACAGUAAAAAAAAGCAUAAUUGGACUUUAGUUCCAUUUACCAAUAAACUGUAAUUAAAGUAAAAGGAAUGUUUUUUUAAACAAGGUUUCAAUCAAAAACAUACAUAUUGUUUGAAGUUACUUAAAAAAUUGUGUCGACCAUUCAUCCAUUCAUUUUCUAUACCGCUUGUCCCCACGGGGGUCGUCAUUUUACGAAAUUUUAGUGGUUAAACAAAACACUUCAUUUUCACUUGAAGCUACAAAUGUUAUAUUGCUGGCUCUUACCAUUUCUGGUAGGUUUUCACGAGAAUAAAGUACGCAGCAUACUGUACUGUAUCAUUUUUUUUAAUUGAACCACAAAAAAUGGCAUUAUUGGCAAGGAAGAAGCGGAUUGCCAAACAGAGGAAAUUGACAAGAAUUAAAAUGAGUCUGGCUAUUUUGAGCAAUGACAGAUGGCCCCUAUUCCAUGACUGCACCUUUGCAUUUUUCACGUUUAUUAGCAAGAAGUACAUAUGAAAUGUUGUAGUUUUAAAUAUCAUUGUGAAAUACAACAUGUACAGUAAACUAUCGGUAUGGCUUGGCAGAUUGGCAGUGCCCAGUGGGGUCUUGCUUAUGUUUAGCAUUAUUACAUGGAAAAGUGCUUUUUUUUUUUUUUUUUUAGUUGGCUGUUGCAUUUGCAACGAGGUAAAUCUGCAAUUGAAACUGAGAAUCGCCGUGGCCACUUGUAAAAACUAGCGGCGGAACCUACAAACUGUGCGACAGUUUAGUCGCGUUAGGCCAAGAGACCGACAUGUUCACUGACACUGAGAGGCAAACCUUCAACAAGAAGGUUCACACUAUCUAAUCCCAACUGUAUUGCAUGUUCUCUCUGUGUUUGCGUGACCUCCGCCAAGAGUCAUUUGUCAAAGUGAUGCCCCAAACACCUCCACCCACUUAUUUCAGUCCGUGACUUGAGAUUCACCGAAUCAAUUCAUUGCAGAACCUUGUAGACGUCACUGCCUUCAUUUUAUCACAGAAUCCAUCUCACUUGUCAUGAGAAGUCUGUUCAAACUCCGUCAUUUUUUAAAUCUCUCUUCAAUGCUAAAACAAAGAGUUGAUAAAAAUCAGCCAAUCCUGAAGCAGCCAUCUCAUUUUUUUGGUCCACUUUGUUCAUGACUGUGCUCUGCAGUCCAAUACGUAUCAUCCCAGCUCCAAGAGACAUGUUCAUCAUCGGGCUCAGGCUCUUU